AUGUUACAAUUUUGUGGAGUAAUAAAUUUUGGUACAAAAAAAUUUAUUGAAAAUGUACCACCAGAUUCAGUAUAUAUAAGUUUUUUAAAAUAUGGAACAAAUAGUAAAUGGAAAAAAGGAAAAUAUAUUGUAUAUUGGCCAUCUUAUCCUCAAUUUAAUGGUAUAGGAAAUGGUCAUAAUACAAAGAUUUACGAUACUAGUGAUUGUAGAUGCUAUCUUUCUGCCUUAAUUUAUGUUAUGAUAAAAGGAAUAUAUAAUUUAAAGUUAAAAAAAGUUUCAAUUAUAACUGACAGUGAUUUCUUAAAAUAUUUUAUUGAAACAAAAUUAGAUAUUUAUAAAAACAGUGAAGUUUUAUAUUAUUUUAAAGAUGAAAAAAUGUUAAGUAGAAAUUUUGAUUUAAUUAAAAUUAUUUAUUUAACUGACUCUAAAAAUUAUAAUAUUCCAACUAUGAAAAUCUUACAGUAUUACAAUGGAAAUAAAUUAGAUAAAGAAGAAGUAAUAAAACGGUAUGAAAAUUUAAUUUAUGGUAAACGAAAUGUUUGGUAUUAUUUGGAUGAAAACGGAAAAAAAAGUUUAGAAAAAAAAUGUUUUCCAAAAUUAAAUGAACCAUCUUUUAAAACAGAACUUGAAAAUACUACAAAACAUGCUUCUAUGUAUUAUGCAACUGGUGUUUUUCAUAGUAAAUAUAUGAAUGAAUACAUUACAAAAUAUGUUUUUCAAUCUUUUAAAGAUAGAGUUUGUGUUGUAGAAACUAUUAAACAAAAAAAAUUAAAUUUAUUACCAAUAAAAUUACACAGUAUAGUAAAAUGUUUAGAAACUGCAAUUAGUUUGGGACGUCAAGAAAUUAUAUUAGUUCAUGAUAUAAAGUUUUUAUCAUAUGCUUUAAAAAAUGACUGGACGAAUGACCAAGGUGAAGAAAUAAGUUAUAAAGAACAUUAUUAUCAAAUAUUAGAAUUAUUAUCAAAUAUUAAUGUAGAUUUUAGUUAUUAUGAUAUACUAACAUUUCCUCCAAGUUUUUCAUUUUUCAAAACAAUGUCAGCAGCUUUUUAUUUAAAUGAUUAUAGAAAGUGUGAAUUUGGAUAG